GCCCUACAAGUCUCUCGGCCAAGGUUUGCAGAUGUGCGUAGGCGUAGUUGCCAGUUUCACAGGACUUGCUGGUAUUUUUGAUGCGUUGUGGACGCCGCGCAACAAAUUUUCCGGAUUUACCAUUGCUUUCCUGGUAUUCGACCUCGUUAGCUUUGUCCUUUCGCUAACAUCUUUAUGUGUGAUCGUCGUUCACAUUUACACAAACAAUACAGACUCUGGAAGCUAUAGCUGGUUCGUGUUAAUCCUUAGCAUCAGUGAGGUAUUGGCAGACUUCAUCCUGGUACUGUUUAGCUGCCACUUUUAUGUAACUUUGCAUCGGAGGAUGCACAGCUGUUUCCAAAUGGAGACAAUCGACGACGUAGUAAACAAUGACGAAAUCGAGAUGCAUGACGUGGUCCAGCACAGCGAGAUGCCGGGUAUUCAACCGCCUUUGAACUAACAUUGGAGGUUAGAACAAGUUCAGCGGCGGACGUUAGCGCCGAGGUCACUCGGCGGAUAGCGGAAAUAAUGAGGGUGGCAAACACGUCGUCUAACCUCAAGGGGACGUACGUAAAAGUCCUCAGGGAUGCAGCGGCAUAUAUCGCCAUCGCAUGGAAGGACCGGGGAAUGAAGGAGACUGGUCCAGCACCAAAUGGCGGCACCGCGACCAUGAGGACAGUGGAAGAGAGACUGCUAGCUUUGGAGGAGGAAAAUGCGGCCCUUCGUCAAGAACUAGCACGAAGGCCCGCGCCGGACCCCACCUCGCGGGAAAGCAAGAGCGAGAGCGCGCGCAUAGAAACACUCGAGAAGGAGCUCAAGGAACUCGGCCCAAGAAUACGAGAGGCCAUCGAGGAAAGAAAUGGGGGCGGACGACCGCGCACCCCAGAACCCAGAAGAAAGGCAGACCACUCUGCCACCCCCAAGACCAUCCAGAAGUCGGCACCCCCGAAAGAACAGGGGAACGAUGAAUGGAAGGUGGUGGAGUCGCGGAAGAAAAGGAAGGAGAAGAAAACGCCCGCCUCUGCCGGCGAUGAAACAAAGAAAGGGGCGACCUCGGCUACGCAGGUCAGGAACACAGGUGCACCGAAACAGAGCACCAACACCACGACCGCUACCAGGAAGGAAGCGGCCAAAACACAAAGGACGACUAAGCUACCCCGCACACCGCGAACGUCGGCGGUGACUAUAACGAUAAGGGAGGGAGCGAACAUGUCGUACGCCGACGUGCUCGCAACGGCGAGGGAGAAGAUCCCGUUGAAGGAGAUCGGCGUAGAGGCCGUAGAAAUGCGGAAAGCAAUGACCGGGGCAAUAGUAAUCAGAGUCCCCGGCGAUAAAGACAGAGGGAAGGCGUCGCGUCUAGCGGCAAAACUCAACGAGGUGUUGGACCCAACAGUGGUGAAAAUAGCAGCUCCAAUAAAGACGGCGGAGCUGAGGCUGGCAGGAAUUGACAUUUCGAUGAGGAAGGAAGAAUUGCGGCGAGCGCUGGCAUCGGCAGCUGGAUGCGGAAACGCGGAGGUGCAGGUCGGGGAGAUCGGCACAACCAGAAGCGGUUUCGGGACUGCGUGGGUCAAGUGCCCGGUGGCAGGAGCCCGAAAACUAACCCAUUGUUAAACAUUGUUAAACAUUGUUAAACACUGUAUCAAUUUUUAUCGUGUUGCAAUUGUUCUCUAUUGUAUCUAUUGUUAUGUAUCAUAU